AUGACAAUGAUCUUCUGGUUAACACAGAGACCAAUUGAAGAGGUAAAUGUGCAUAACCCACAGAAUCAUACUGUUUUGGGGUUGUCACAAGACCUUGCGGUGUUUGCCAUCUUGAAAAACAACCCAGCCCAAUCCAACACACGGCAUACAAUUAUACAAUUAUACAAUAUCAUAAACACAACAACCGUGUCUUACUGGUGUAAGAAACGAUCGUGUGUGCAUAAUGAACGUUGUAUUUUGACUUCUAACUCAAACACUUCUUACUGUGUCAUUUCUUGUUUGCUUCUUACUUCUUUCAACAGCAGCAGAGAGAGGAAUCUGAUCCGUUUCUUGAAUCCCAUCUUAUUCGAAAUUGGAUUUCUGGAUUUUAAUAGGGUAAUUGGAUGGAUCUCUUUACUCUGUAGCCUACUAUAUUUGUUUUGUUGUUUUGCUGUUUUGUAUUUCCAGCAAUCAAAGGUGUCUUUACUUUCCUUCUGGGGGUAA